AGAUAAUGUAAACAAACAGUCACGAACACGAAGAAGGAGAAAGAGACAUGUUUUGGUUUGGUAUCUUACAUAAUCGAUUUAAAGCUAAAUACUUCAAAAGGAAAGUAGCAAAUAUUAUUACAUUAGAUAUUAUCAUAUAUGUAGCUAGCUAGGUGUACAGCUAUAUACAGUGUGUAAAAUGAAAACGUUCAAGAAAAUGAGACAUUUAAUAUACAAGUUUAUGCUGCUUUACGUAUUUUAUAGUGAUGCCAGUUCACAGAAAGUUUUAAGCAAAGCACUCGAUCCUAAUUCUUUUCACAAGAAAGGAACGUCAAUUUUUUUCUUACUUGAUAUAAAAACAGACUCUCCUAGUUUUCCUGGUGAUGUCACUACACUAAACAUAACACUUCUUAAUUCAUGGAGUCUGAUAAAAUACCAGUACAAAUGGUGGGAAAUGGGUCAAAACUCAAGCGGCGAAUUAAUUACUUAUAAAAAAGAAGUUUGUAUUAAAAUGAAAAAUACUGCUGGAAUUACUGGUUUCAAAAAUAUCUCAGUUGAAGUAAGUUAUGAGGAGCUACCAAAUAUGUGGAUGGUUAUUGCAAGAAAUGAAACAUCUAUUGAAUUGACAGAUGUUGUGACUUGCCACGUUCAUGCAUAUAAAGACAAGAAGCAACAAACAAAAAUAUUUGAUUUGGGCAAAGUAUCUUUCCAUACAAACGUCCAUGAUCCAAACGAUUUUUUAAGAAAUUUAACAUACGCUUGGAAGUUUCAAGAUGAAAAAGAAAGUGAAAAUUGUAGUUCUAUGUCACAUGUUUUUACAAAAGACGGACUGUAUUCUGUUCAUGUGCACGUGACAGGAGGUGAUGUAAAUGGCGUCAUACAUUCCGGUGUAUGCAACACCACGGUAAACAUUAAAGCGAGACUACACAUAAAACUUUUCGCCUGGCAGAAGAAAAAAAGAUCCUCUCCACAUCUACCAUCGAAAGUGGAAAGUUUUGCUCCUGGCAUAGUUCAUUUUCAAGCAGAUGUAGACGAUCCUUAUCACUAUUUCGCUUCUGCAGUAUACACAUUCUUGUUCAACUUUGGAAACAAGCGCGUAAAUCUAAACUCCAAUAAAACCUCUCAUGUUUUCAAGCAACUUGGAACUUUCAAUGUUACAGUGCUGGUCAAAGCAAUCCUACCCAGAGCAACGUAUUUCUCAAGUGGACAAGUUCGAUUGUGUAUAGAUCGCCCUAUCCAUGGAUUAAACGUCUUUGGUGAAAAUGAUAUAAAGACUGGACAAGUGACGCCUUUUAAAGUAAAAUGUCAUGGAAGUUAUCCAGUAUCGUUUUGCUGGUAUGUGACGCAAUCAAAUUGUGACCUUCCUGAUGACUUCAUGUGUAGUCCAACAUUGAUCAACGACGAUUGCGAGAUAUCGUUUAAUCACACCUUUAAACAGUCUGGCAAAUACUGUGUGAACGUGUCUGCUGUCAAUACUGUUGGAUUUGCGAAUGUUCUUCACUAUGUUAACGUCAUAGGACAGCCAAAGAAAAGUCAUGGCAUAACCACACUCGUAACUACACUGCCCAUACUUGCCAUAUGCUUGCUAGCUAUUUCAGUGUUUGUUGCCAUCAAGUACUCAAAUGGAAGGCUAAAGAAGAGGAAAGAAACAGAAGAAGCUAAGUUUGAUUUUCGCAUCAGUAGAUUGCCGACAGCAUCAACUUCAUCAACAAUGACAUUUCCUUGGAAGAGAAUAUCACUGUCGUUUAAAAAAUGCAACAAGCUUUGCUUCACUCGACAUUGUUAUGAAGAAGUUGAAACUGAAAGUGACGAAGAGUCUCCUUUAUUCAGUCCAUACCAAGAAGAGAUGGCUUCUUCCAGUAGACAGCCCAAGACACGAAAGAUCAGCUACUAUGGGACUGUACAUAUGAACUUGGCGCAACUGCAACAUCCUAUUGUGUCUGAUGAAGGCAACGAUAUUGGUAAGGUCGACGCAGAAAGUUCAUAAGUUUCCACACAUUGUAUUUAUCACUAUUUUUAACCAGUUGAUGAAAUUUUUUAUAAAAUGUAGAAUAAUUUUUUUUACGUUAAAAUAUUUUAUAAUUUAUAGUAAUUUAAACCAUGCAUAGAUAUUAUUACUUAACAUAAA